AUGCAUGGGUUUACAAGCACUUUUCUGGUAUUUCUGUGCACAUUUUUGAAAGCAGAUAGUUUGUUAUUCCACGGACAAACCAACACUACCUCAGCACCUAAUGGACAUUCUGAUCCUGAUGCAUACAAACAACUUCAACAAAUUCUUCAUUUGGAGACAGUGUUAAAUUCUGUAAUAAUGGAUCAAAAACAACAAAUUUUAAAAAAUCGGCAAUUUGAACAACAGCAAAAAUUAUUAGAGGAAGAGAUUCAGAUUUUGAAGCAAUGGAAUCAAACAGCCCAAAUGAAGAUAUCAUUUUUAGAAAACGAAAACAAAAUUUUGAAGGAAAGGCAAGACAAUUUGAAUUCUUCAUCCACUUCACCUCAAGAUAAUUUGUCAUCAGAAGACUUAAAAAGGAUGGAGAACAUCUUAGCUACCAAAAUAGAGCAGAGAGUUAAAGACCGUGAAGAAAAAAUGAUGAAGAAUAUGUCUGCCACAAUCAAGGGCCUGGAACUCCGAGACCGGUAUUUAUCACUCUCUCUGUUGGAUGUACACAGCAACAUGUCAAUUCUUGAUCACACUCUUUCUAAGCUCAAGCAACAGCAGGAGACAAAUGGAGGGCAACAGAAUAUGACAAUACAAAACUUAUCACUUUCUCUGUUGGAUGUACACAGCAACAUGACGUCACUCAACCACACUCUUUCCAAGUUCAUGAAACAACAGAGGACAAACGAAGAGCAACAGAAUAUGACAAUACAACACUUGUCACUUUCUCUUCUGGAUGUACACAACAACACAGCAAGAUUAUCGGCUUCUCUUUCUAAUUUGGACAUGCAAAUGAAGAGAGAGAUCCAAACACUAACAAAUUCACAGCAAAAUGGCAUUUCAAAACUGAACAAUACAAUUAUUCAUCUUAAGAAUCGUGCUCAAUCCAAUGUGGCUUUUACAUCUGGAAUCGUAGGAGAGUAUGAUAAGCAACAUACAUAUAAAGUAAAGGCUGGAGUCAUGGCUUGGAAUUCAUUAUCUGUUAAUGUCCACAUAUCAGCCUCCAACCUUGUUGUCCACCAGUUACAGGUGGGGGACAGAGUCUGGAUACAAGUUCAUGGUGGUACUCAUCUGUACUCAUUUAUUCCAGAUACAACCUUUUCUGUCAUCAUGAUCAAUGGAUCAGAUUAA